GCUCUUGCGUCCCCUAAUUACAUGAAUGCGCACGUCCAGGAAAUGGACAACGUGCGCGUCUCCAGGGCGCUCACGAACAAGCAACAUAUUUCAAAUGAAGUAGAAAAAGACCAGUUCACCAGCGCAUUGGGAACUUCGUGGCUACUUCCGAGACAAAACACCAUCUACUGUGCUCUUAUCUAUUACGCUUAUUUCGGAGCAAAGAAGGGGGAGCAAGAAGCAAUUAAAAAAAUUCUGGAUUAACAGGGAAGUUUUCCUUUUUAAACGCUCUUGUUCGACUCCGCAUCUGUCACUACACGCGCAAAUGCACUGUGUUUUUAACAGCAAUUUUUAAACUGUCAAAGUCUCGGGCGAAUUGCACUUAAUUUAAAAGGCAUUGUAACAGCCUCUGCAGUUGUCUAAAGCGUAACAUUUUUAAAAAAUAUAUCUGAUGUGAAAAAACUUGGAAAAAGUAGAACGUCUUGCGUAUGGCUACCGUUGAAUAUUUUUGUUAUUUUACAGAUUUAUGUCGAACUUGGAAAUGGGACAAAAUAUGAAUAAGUGUCUCUGACUUCAAAUGCAUUUAUUCCUGUAGAGGGUUCAUCGUUUAAAGGUAGAUUUCACAUAGGCUAGUAUAUUCCCUUGACCAUAAAAAAGCGUCUGAUGCGAAAGUAAAUGGACCAUUGCCCAAGUGUUUUUCAUCUCUAUUAGUUGUACAGAUUUACUGAAAAUAAAGAAGAAAGUGCGAGAAAGAAAAUACAGUAAAUAAACCUACAGCUGGAUCGUGUGGGGGGCAAGCAACGUUGCCGCAUCUCCCGGGAUGGUGCGUCUGUUAAACUGCCUCCUUCUCGGAUACUUAACAUGGAAUCUUCGGAUAUCAGACGCCCAGGGGGAGUACUGCCACGGCUGGCUAGACAGCAGUGGGAAUUACCACGAGGGUUUUCAGUGUCCGGAGGACUUCGAUACCAUGGACGCAACCGUAUGUUGUGGGACCUGCGCCCUACGAUACUGUUGCGCUGCCGUGGACGCACGGCUAGAUCAGGGCGGCUGUACUAAUGACAGGGAACUGGAGAACACCGAAUUUGCUGCACAGCCGGUCUAUGUGCCCUUCCUGAUGGUGGGCUCCAUCUUCGUGGCGUUUGUGGUGGUGGGCUCCCUGGUGGCGGUGUACUGCUGCACCUGCCUGCGGCCCAAGCAGCCGGCUCAGCCGCCCGCCCGCUUCUCCCUGCGCAGUUUCCAGGGCGAGACCAUCCCCAUGAUCCUGACGGCGGCCCCGCCCAGCCUGCGCUCCCCGUCCCGCCAGUCCAGCUCGGCCACCACCAGCUCCAGCUCUGCCGGCGGUGGCGGCGGCGGCGGCUCCGUGCGCCGCUUCUCCCUGGGACGGGCCGACCUGACGCAGGGGGCGGGGCCGCAGCAUGGCCUGGUUUCCGUUGCCCCCUCCUCCCCGCAGCCUGCCCUGUCCCCGAGCCUGCCGCCCCCCUACGCCUCCCCCCCGUGUGCCCAGGGCGUCCUCUCCCACCCGCACCCGCACCCGCACCCGCACCCCCAGGCCCUGCCCCACGGCCAGCUGCAGCUCCACCAGCCCCUCCAUCCCUCGCAAAGCCCUGCCUUCCUCCUCCCCCAAACGUACUUCCCCUUCCCCGUGCAGGCCGAGCCCUUCUCUGGAGCGAACAGCUUUGCGGAUUUUGGUCAGAGCUGACUAGGGGGAAAGGCCGUUGCGGAUUUUGGGCAGGGCUGACCAGGGUUCAGGGAAGGGUAGUGCUUGCACAUGGCCUCUUGGUGGGGGAUGGUGGUGCUUUCAGAAAAAAAAUAGUAAA